AUGCAAGGUGUCUCUGCUUUGAUGGAAGCAGCCUCAUUCGGAAAUUAUGACAUUAUCAGAGCUCUUCAUGUAAAGAGCUAUGACCUAGAGUUUUCAGACAAUAAUGGCUGGACACCAUUAAUGUUCGCUUCUUUUUCUGGAGACUGCUUUGCAGUUGAAUUUCUGUUAGAAAAGGGAGCUAACAUCGAUGCUUUUUCCAACCUGGGUGCAACUUCAUUGAUUAUCGCUUCAGAUCAUGGUAAAGAAAAUGUAGUGUCUUUGUUACUUAGGCGUGGUGCAAAUGUAAAUGCCAAAAGUAUACAUGGGAUGACAGCAUUGUGUUACUCUGCAAGGAAGGGGCACACACGUAUUUCAGAACUACUCAUUGAAAGUGGCGCAGAUGUGAAUCAUGAAGAUUACCUGAAAAAGACAGCUUUAAUGUAUGCAGUUCUGUUGAAAGAUCUAGAGAGUGUAAAUUACUUAUAA